AUGCCCUUUGAUCCUUUAGUGAUAACGUCACCUAGAACACCCUCUGCUUUAUUGGCAUCAUUGAUCUUGUCUCCUAGAAUAGGGGAUUCGUUUUCUCCUACAUCAUCAUCAUCUGUCCCACAACCUAUUUUAUCAAUUCUAUCGCCUUUAUUACCUUCUUAUUCAGGGAUACCUUCCAAAGUGACCAGACCUCCCACUCCCCUUCCAUGUCCACGUCCAUUUCCAUUUCCAUCUCCAGGUCCAUCAUCAGAUUCAGGAAUUUUGCGAAAGUAUGGAUUUCCAGAUCCAGAUCACUGCUCGCCUACUAAUCUGCCCAAAGUCACCUAUAGGAGAUUAACGAAUUUGGAAUCACUUCAAAUCGCAUUAUUGAUUUCUAGACAAUUCUAUCCUCAUCGAAAUCACCCGAAAGAGUUGAUGAAGGUAUCCAUUGAUUUAGCGGGAAAAUUAGAUCAGGUAGGUGUUAAAUGGGAUAAGAAGAGGAAAAUUAUGGGAAUGCAUUUGAGAGGGUUAUGGGAUGUUAGUGGUGGAGGGAAAGGUAGUGUUGAUUGUCUAAAUCUAUAUAUCCAAGGUUCAUUCGUCACUACAGCUGAAGUACCCCACCCGUUGGAUACUACACCACUUGCGAUCCCACUUGCCCCGGAACAUGUUUAUCCGCCUUUAGACCAUUCGAUCCAAGCAGGUCUGUUGACUGCCUUACCGAUGAAUAUGGAGCAUGAACGGCAACAGCCUAUAUUGACUCACAAGAAAUCAUCAAUGUCAAUAUCACUCUCUCGGCGACCAUCUUUCGCCCAUCAUAGGAGCUCGAAUGGGCCCGGACAUGAUAUAGGACACAGGUCAUCGAUCAAUUCACUGACUUCUAUCAUAGCUCGUCCGUUGAAAAGGAACAGAGAAUCAAGCUUCACAGCUACUACUACUCCUGCCCUUGUCCCAUUUAUCGAUCCAUUCAACCCAGGCGCAGCCAUUAAGAACAAUGGUAAUGGAAACGGAAAUGGAAAUGGCAUUGGUACUGAUACCCGUGACAACAACCAUAUUAACAAUGAAUCCGCUUUCCACGAAAGACCCAGUAUUGAUAUUUCAAGAUGCACUAACGAUCCAAAUGACAACUUGCCAAACACCAAUAAUCACGACAUGCACUCCUUCAGCUUUAGUCAAGGUCAUACUCUCACACAUGCACAUGCGAGACCAGGAUUCGAACUUCACGAAGGACAAAGAGUGGAUGCCAAAGAACUAGAAAGGGAAAGGAGGAAAGAAAGAUGGAGAGAGAGGAAGAAGAGAGUUGCAUUGAGGAUAAGGGUUGAUGGAUCCCUCCCUCAUCCUCACUCAGGAUACUCUACCGCCCGAACAGCUCGAACAGCCCGUGCACGUCGAGUGGCUCAAACACCUAUGACAUCCCGUUCAACCCACUUGAUACAACCUUACUCGGCAAUCUCAGCACCUGUUAAAUCUGCUCAUUCAUACUCACUUGCAAAUAAAAGAAGGAAAAGGAGAUUCAACCUUUCGUUUGACCUUCAGUUACGAGUUGGGAAUAAGAGGUAUUCACUGGGUAAAGAGAGGCAACCUAAAAGUGCCAGAAGGUUAAAUUUUGGUGGGUACGAAAUGAGAUGA